ACCCUAACAAAACGCGGGGCGCGGAGUCGGCUUGCUCGCAAAAUGACGCUCCCGUCGCCUUCCUUGUCCUCCCUCUUAACGUUUCUUUCAAGCAAUCGAGGCCCAUCAUUCAAACCCUCGUCUUGACCCCAAUUCGAGUCCACUGCGGCCAUGGUGUCGCCUCUCCAAGUGCUGAUCGCCACUGUAGCUAGUUUCAUCUUCGUCUCCCUCCUUUUCGUCGUCAUCCUCCUCCUCUGCAGUCGCCGCUUUGAGUCCCGCCGUUCGGGUCCCCUAAUCGAAUCCGCCGUCGAGGACUCGCCGGUCCUCCGCUCGCUUGGCCGUCCCGGCGCCUUGUCCAUUUCCUACGCCGACGGCGAGAGCAGCACCUUGUACGACCCGUCCCUGGACCAGAUCUCCAUGUCGGAGUUGGCCGCGGCCACCAGGAACUUCGCGGCGGACGGCAUCAUCGGCGACGGCAGCUUCGGGUUCGUCUACAAGGCGCGGCUCUCGUCGGGCGCCACGGUCGCGGUGAAGCGGCUCUCCGCGGACGCCGCGCACGGCGUGCGCGAGUUCAAGGCGGAGAUGGACACCCUAGGGCCGAUCCGCCACCCAAACCUGGUGCGCAUGCUAGGGUUUUGCGUCGCGGGCCGCGACCGCCUGCUGAUCUACGAGUACGUCGAGCACGGCAGCCUGGACGAGUGGCUGCACGAGACGGACGCCGAGGGGCAUCCCCGGCGGCUUCCUUGGCCGACGCGGCUGGGCAUCGUGCGCGGAGUGGCAGCGGGGCUGGCCUUUCUCCACGAGGGCUGCCGCCCGGCGGUGAUCCACCGCGACAUCAAGGCCAGCAACGUGCUGCUGGACGAGGGGUUUGGGGCGCGCAUCACCGACUUCGGACUGGCGCGGCUGGUGGAGGCGCCCCGCACGCACGUGUCGACCCAGGUAGCGGGGACGGUGGGGUACAUGGCGCCGGAGUACUGGGAAGGGGCGACGGCGGCCACGGUGAAGGGGGACGUGUACAGCUUCGGGAUACUGAUGCUGGAGGUGGCGACGGGGCGACGGCCGAACCUGGGUGUGCGACAGGAGGGGGGCGCCAGAGGGAAAGAGAUGCUGCUGGUAAACUGGGUGCGCCGGAUGGUAGAGCAGGGGCGGAUCCCGGAGAUUCUAGACCGCGAGAUGGGGAGCGAAGGUGUAGUGGAGAGCGAGGUGAGGGCAUACUUGGAAGUGGCCUUCCACUGCACCGAAGAGCAUUCCAGGAACAGGCCCGCCAUGGGAGAAGUUGUAGCUGCCUUAAACCUUCUCUAAACUUUUUAUAAAAAAAUAUGUUCGAUGAUAUUUUUGAUUCUUAACCAGAGUAUCACAAACUAAGCUGUGGUUGUAAUACUUCUUACUUGCAACUGUAUGAAAACACAAGUUCAGGCACA